AUGGCAAACACUGGACGUUUCUACUCUACAUUGUCAGAACUUGAAAAUGAUAAUGCAAAGCCGGAAAUAGUUGUUCGGCUAAUUCGGAAAUGGGAUUGUCUAAAACGAAGAAACAGAAAUCAUUUUCGCAGUCAAGAACUUCUCCUGUUGGAUGAAACGGGAUCGCUGAUAAAAGCAUUUAUUAAUCAUCGCCUCUUCCCUUAUUACCAUAAUAACAUGUUGAACGAGGGAAGCAUUUAUUAUAUCAGCAAUUUCUGCCUUGAGGAGGAAAUCAGUCGACCAAGACUGACAAACCACAGGUUCUGCAUACAAUUCACUCAUCUCACCACUGCUGCGGAAUUGUUAGAUGACGUGCCUAACAUCGAAAAAUCAAAAUUCCACAUCCAUGAGCAUGAUAGCUUGGUACUGCUGGCCAAUCAAAACAAAAUUUUACCAGAUGUUGUUGGUAGAAUAACUUAUGUGUGGGGAUCUGAGCUCCAUAACCUUGGAUCAGAACAUAAGAUCAUGGCAACGCUUUUGCUUAGAAAUGGUAGGAAAGUUCAUCUCUCUAUAUGGGACAACAUUGCCCGAGAUUUUCGAAUGUUGCUCUCUGCAACACAAUGGAUUAAAGGUGUCAUUACUAUCACAUCAGUCAAUCCGAAAUUGUUUACAGGAGAACUUUAUUUGAACACUUCAUCCUCUACCAGAUUUUAUGUCACCGAUGAAGUCAACGAGAUUAGGAAUCUAAGACAACACAGAAACGGAUAUCUUAAACCUCCUUUCCAAGCUCUGGAUAUCAAUGAAUUAGAUGUUUCAAUGAAAACCAUUGCGCAGAUUUUAACAUUUCUAGACACUGAAGAUAUUCAGAUAACCGAAAUAGUUACCCGAAACGGCUGGUACUAUAUUUCUUGUCCAGAUUGCCUCAAUAAAAUCAAACCGGUUGAUAAUAAAUUGAUAUGCAGCUAUUGUCUUGCCGUCAAAGUUGGUGGCCAAGUCAGGUUACGUCUUGAAGUCAUAGCAGAAGUUGAGACUGAUCGAACUAAAUUUAUGAUCUUUGAUAAAGAUGCAAGGAUAAUUACGAACAUGUCGGCUGAAGAAGUGGUCCAACAGAACUUUAACAUAGGAAACGAGUUCCCUCAGUGCUUACAACAACUUAUUGGGAAACAAUUUAUUUUCCAGACUCGCCUAACAGCUUUUGAUUUCCAAGCGGGGGAAGAAACUUUGCUCGUUACAUCCAUCGCUGAUCAGCGUCAGUAG